CCACACACUCCACCCAAGACUCCCCAUUCCGUUCUCUCCCUCGCUCUUCGCCCAAACCCAAGAACCCAACGGCACGGAACCCCAGCAAAGAACCCUCUGCCGCCGCGCUGCACGGCUGUACCUGCACUGCACGAGUCCCCAUGAACGGCGAGGAGGCGCGGCAGCAGGACCCGGCGUGCGCCGUCGGCGGCGGGAGGGCGGAGAUCGACACCUCGGCGCCGUUCGAGUCCGUGCGCGAGGCCGUCGACCGCUUCGGCGGCAGCGCCGCCUGGAGCUCCGGCCUCGCCAGGCGCAUCUUCGCGCACCACAAGAAACAGGGCAAGUGCGAGGGGACUGAAGAAGAAGGAGAGGGCCUCGAUCUAGAGGAACAGACCGCGCAGCUGGAGAAGGAGCUUGGCGUCAAGGAAAGGGAGACGCUUUAUGUGCUCAAAGAAUUGGAGUCUGCCAAGAAGAUUAUCGCGGACCUGAAGCUCAAGAUUCAGAAUACAUUACCACCCAUCAGUGAAGUGCCCAUUGCAGAACCUGAAGAGCAGCGGGCUGAGGAAGAUGUUAAGGCUGAUGUGGAGAUGCCUGGCGCAUUGCCCGUCACUGAAGUGCCCAUUGCAGAAGCUGAAGAGAAGCAGCAGCCUGAGGGAAACGGCGAAGCCGAUGUGGAGAUGUGCGGCGUGCAAGAUGAGCAAGAGCAGCAGCAUCCUGCUUCGGUUCUGAUGGAGCUUCAGCAGGCCAAAUCAAACUUGAACAGGACGACGAGCGAACUAGCCGCCAUAAGAGCCUCUGUCGAGUCGCUGCGUAACGACGUAGCGAAGGAGAGGGUCUUGGUGGAGAGAAGCCGGGAGAAAGUGUGCUCGGAUGCUGCAUUGGUUUCUUCUCUGGAGGAUGAGCUGGACCAGACCACGCAGAAGUUGCAGACGCUGAAGGAUCUGCAGAGAAGGCGUGAGGAUCCCUCUGAUAUUUUCAUCGAGAUCAAGAAGAUGACGUCUGAGAUAGAGCAGCUCCGAAAUGCUGCAAACGCGUCGAGAUCUGAGGCUAUGAUGUUAGCUGCUGAAAUCGAGCAGACGAAGGCUACCAUAGGCACCGCUGAAGUGAGGUGUCUUGCAGCCCAGAAGAUGGAAGAAGCAGCAAGAGCUGCAGAGGCUCUCGCACUUGCUGAGAUCAAGGCCCUACUAAGCAGUGAAGCCACAGCUGAAGAUCUUCAGAGCUCUGAUGGAGUGGACCUUUCAGCGGAAGAGUACUUUGAGCUUGCCUCAAAGGCUCGAGAGGCUGAUGAAAGCUCAAGGGGAAAAAUUGCAGCUGCCAUGGUCCAUGUGGACGAAGCCAACCAAUCAAAGUCCGAAUCACUUACAAGGCUGGAGGAAGCCAAAAUUGAAGUUGAGGAAUGCAAGAAGGCACUAAAGGAGGCCCUGAAGAGGGUCGAUACUGCCAACCGAGGGAAGUUCGCAGUGGAAGAGGCUCUUCGUAGAUGGCGAUCCGAGACUGGAUACAGGAGGCGCUCGUUCCGCGGCUCUCCCAAGUUCAAAAAUGCAGCACAUCCUCGCAAAGAUUCUCAUAGCAUGGAUAUCGUUGAUGUUUCAAACAGCUCGAUGAAGCCGACACUGUCGAUCGGGCAAAUACUGAGUAUGAAGCUGAUGGGGCCUGAUGGGUAUGACAAAAGCAUCUCGGACGACGCAAGCGAAACUUCUAGUAUCUCGCUUGGCCAGAUCCUGAACAGGAGGCAGGCUAUCUUAUACAGCAGCGAUACAAGUGCUCACAAGAAAGUCUCGGGGAAGAGGAAGAAGUUUGCCUUCACUGGGCUUUCUGUUUUCCUGGCAAAACAAGCCAUGAGCAAGAAGAAGAGAGGAUCAGAUUAGAACUGAUGUUGCAGGAACCACUAGCUAGUUAAUGAGUCUGUCGUAAUAUUGUUCCUGUAUGUUGUUUCUGGGUUCUAUGAUAUUCUGAUAUAUCUCUAGGAUGUAGCUCCAUGUUGAUAUAUCUCGCUGAUGUGGCUGAUGAUUAGGGUAGUUAGGUUAGUAUCAUGUGCUCUAUGAACGAGGAUAUCAUCAGUUCAGUUAGCUUUGUUCCAUGUACCUUGUGGAUCUGUAUCGUGUAGAAUUAUGAACCAGUUGUGCUCUAUGAAACAUAGAAGAUGUGAGCAGCUCAUUUUUCUAAA